UUGUUUUCAGGCAGCAUUUUGCGGGACGAACGUGCAAUUGCAGCGGAGAGACUCGGGCGAUUGCGGCCCUCGGCCUGGUGGCAAAGUGGUCGUCGGACAGCUGGACCCAUGCCACAGAUGUGCAAAUUCUUUGCGCAGGGCAGGUGUGCCUUUGGCAACGCCUGCAAUAUGUGGCACGGUGAGACAAAUGGGACCAAGAGUGGGACGAAUGGAAAUGGCUACAAGACAAGCGAGAGUGCUGGCAUGUCGAAUGGCAACACGAAUGGGUCCAAUGUCAAUGUUUGCAAGCACUUCCUUCAGGGGCGAUGUGCCUUUGGCGACAGCUGUCGGAAUUCUCACGAAGUCCCAUCAUCUGAAGUGAGGCCAUCGCGGUCCAUCCCUGGACCAAGUCCUGGGCCGAUAGGACCGAGUCCAGGGCUCAAAGGACCGAGUCCAGGGCCCAUAGGACCGAGUCCAGGGCCCAUAGGACCGAGUCCAGGGCCCAUAGGACCGAGUCCCGGUCCUUACGCAGGGCCACUCGGGGCAGGGCCACCCAUCAGGCCACCAAUGAGCUCCGUGGGAGUCCCCAUGGGCUAUGAGGAGGACCUCAACGUCGAUCCCUUGAGUUCAGGAUCGGCACGACCCAUAGGCCCAAUAGGCCCCAUGCCCCCCAACGGCCGGGAGCGCAGGCUGGAGCCAAUAGGUCCAGCUGUGGGGCCUUUGGGGCCAAGCAACGGAUCCAACGGUUCCUUGAGUUCUUGUCCAGAGCCACGACCUGUGCGGCGCCGUGACUUUGAGCAGGAUCCCGAAUUCAGUGAGUGUGGCAUUUGCUUUGAGAAUGUGAAACGAAGAGGGGAACGUUUUGGAAUGUUAGAGAGCUGCGACCACGCAUUUUGUUUGAGCUGCAUUCGUGGUUGGCGACGAGAGCGUGAGCAGGACAAGCAGAAUCUGAGGCUUUGCCCUGUGUGCCGCAAAGAGUCUUUCUAUGUCAUUCCGAGCGAUGCAAUCAUCCUCGAUCCGGCAGAGAAACGACAAAUCAUUGACCAGUACAAACAGGAAAUGGGGCGGAUUCCAUGCAAACUUUUUGACUACGGCCGUGGCUCAUGUCAAUUUGGCAACAGCUGCUUCUAUGCCCACCUAAACCCUGAUGGCACUCGCUACAUCCCACCUCCACUGAAGUGGAUGCGGGGUGCGGAGGGUAGCGAAGUGAAAUCCGAAGUGAAGCUCUCUGACUUUUUUGACUGAAGUUCUUUUUUGGGAGUUUCUGAUCUUCAGUCACUCUAGCUAGACAUUCUGAGGACUACACUGAGUCGUCUUGACUAGUCAAGGACUUGGAGCUGACAGCAC